CCAGAAGUAAUUAUAAAUGAAAAACAAUUUGAGUUAACAAAACAUUUAUUGAAACAAUUUGCUGAUCGUAUACCUUCACCAUUACAAUUAAAUUCUGAAUUAGAAAGAUGGCAAAAAAAUGUAAUGAUUUGCUUAAAAUGA